GGAGAUGGAACCCCGGAGCGCAGAGCGCGGCGCUCACUGCCGACCAGCCUCGCUGACGCGCGAUGCCUCGAUUCACCGUCCACAUCCGAGAUGAAUGGCUGGCGGUGUCCUGCCGGGACACCUCCAACACCAUCCAGUGGCUCGGACAGGAAGCCCUGAAACGGUACAUGAAGAACAAGCCGGACAACGGUGGCAUCGGGUCUGUGAAAGAGACGCGCUUCUUUGUGCGCAGGUGCCAAGGUUUGGGUUUGUUGGACGCAGAGGACACCAUCGAUGAUGUGCUGGAGGAUAAUGACUUUGUUGAGCUUGCUAUUGAAGGAGACACUAUGUCUUCAGACUUUAUUCCCUGUGAGCCUGGAGUUUCUAAUAUCACAGCAGCAUAUAAAGAACCUGCAGAAUACAUUAGUUUGGAUGGCAACAGCCUGACCUCCACAGAUCUGGUCAAUUUAGGCCGAGGACUCUACAAGAUAAAGCUGACUGAAGAGGCAGAGAGAAAAGUUGUGCAAUCACGAGAACUUUUGGACACCAUUGUCAAAGAAAACAAAGUCGUUUAUGGAAUUACGACAGGUUUUGGCAAAUUUGCCCGAACCGUCAUCCCUGUCAGCAAGCUCAAGGAGCUCCAGGAAAACUUGGUGCGGUCCCACUCGGCAGGGCUGGGGAACCCGCUGAGCCCUGAGAGGACCCGCAUGCUGCUCGCUCUGCGGAUCAAUGUUUUAGCUAAAGGCUACAGCGGGAUUUCUCUGGAAACCCUUCAAGCCAUGAUCCAAGCCUUCAAUGCUUCCUGCCUGUCCUUCGUUCCAGAGAAGGGAACUGUUGGAGCAAGUGGAGACUUGGCCCCCCUCUCACACCUCGCAUUGGGACUGAUGGGGGAGGGGAAAAUGUGGUCCCCCAAGAGCGGAUGGGCAGAUGCCAAAUAUGUCCUGGAGGCCCACGGACUAAAGCCAAUAUCUCUGAAACCCAAAGAGGGCCUUGCUCUGAUCAACGGUACCCAGAUGAUCACCUCUUUAGGGGCCGAGGCUGUGGAGCGCGCCCAGGCCAUCGCCCAGCAGGCGGACAUCGUCGCCGCUCUUACUCUGGAGGUGCUGAAGGGAACCACUAAGGCCUUUGACAGCGACAUCCAUUCCCUGCGACCCCACCCAGGACAGACGGAGGUCGCGCUACGCUUUCGCUCGCUGCUGGACUCUGAUCACCAUCCAUCUGAGAUUGCAGAGAGCCACAGGUUCUGUGACAGAGUCCAGGACGCCUACACCAUGCGCUGCUGUCCUCAGGUCCAUGGAAUCGCAAAUGACACCAUAAAGUUUGUGCAGAACAUCAUCAACACAGAAAUCAACAGCGCAACGGACAACCCUAUGGUAUUUGCAGAACGAGGUGAAACCAUUUCAGGUGGGAACUUCCAUGGAGAAUAUCCAGCAAAGGCUCUAGACUUUCUAUGCAUCGCUGUCCAUGAGCUGGCUUCCAUCAGUGAAAGGAGGAUCGAGAGGUUAUGUAACCCCUCCCUGAGUGAGCUGCCUGCCUUCCUUGUGAACGAGGGGGGCCUCAACUCAGGGUUCAUGAUUGCUCACUGCACUGCUGCUUCUUUAGUUUCAGAAAACAAAGUCUUAUGCCAUCCUUCGUCUGUGGACUCCUUGUCCACAAGUGCAGCUACAGAAGACCAUGUUUCCAUGGGAGGCUGGGCCGCUCGGAAAGCUCUGAGGGUGGUGGAGCACGUGGAGCAAGUGCUUGCCAUAGAGCUGCUGGCCGCCUGUCAGGGUAUCGAAUUCCUCCGUCCGCUCCGUACCACCACCCCCCUGGAAAAGGUCUAUGACCUGGUGCGUUCGGUUGUCAGGCCCUGGAUUAAAGACCGGUUCAUGUCUCCAGACAUCGAAGCCGUUCACCGUCUCCUAGUUGACCAGAAGGUGUGGAACGUGGCCAAGCCUUACAUUGACAAGUAUCAGAGAGAAUAUGUCCCAGAGUCUCGACCCUGUUCUCCCACCGCCUUUUCCUUGGACACCCCAGCAUCACCCAGGAAGCGUUUCCGUCAUGAGUGAAACGGGCCCUAAAAUCAAGUUACCUGGAAUGAUAACCAAGGAGCAUAAUGAGGAUGAAUUAUUGGUAAAACCCUGUAAAGUUCCUCAUUUGACAGUCAGAUAUGUUCCUAACUCUGCAACACACAUUACCGUUGGCUAAUUUCUCUUGGAAAUGAUCAUCUGUUGAACAUCUUUAUAUUUUUCCCUACCAUACAGAAAUAAAACCUGUAUUCCUCACGCCUAC